AUGAACGCCGAGACCUGCGUUUCAUACAGCGAUAUGACAUCCAUGGAUUCAUAUUAUAGUCCCUCUGCAGCGCAAGGUAGGGAUCACCAGACGGACCACUUUAGGACAUUUCCAGCCACUGACACCAAAUACAGCCCCACUGCCUUCCUGCCCAACAAAGGUCAGGCUUACGGAGAAAAGUCCCGGAGCCACUUCCAGCAGGAGUGCCAGUCAUUGGACGCCUCCACAGCUGGGCACGGCACUUUCAGCAAAUACCACCUCUUCAUGCAGAGGUCUUCUUGCAAAACACCCCCCGAGGAGGUCAAACUGCACCAAGAGAGCGGGCACAACGGAGCGCUCAUCCCCUGCUAUGGUAAAGACAGUUCAGGUCUGCCAGACUCUGACUUGGCACCGGACUCCGACCCACCUGGAAUGGACACCAGUUACCUGGCUGUGAAGGAUCAGGGCGUGAAGGCGGCCUCUGAUAGGCCACCGGGCAGAGACUUGUCAAGCCCUCUGGACAAGGGCGAUGGCGGCGAAAGCAACAAGGGCAAGAAAAGGCGCAACCGCACAACCUUUACAAGCUACCAACUGGAAGAGCUGGAGAAGGUUUUCCAGAAGACGCACUACCCUGACGUUUACGCCAGGGAGCAGCUGGCGCUGAGGACUGACCUGACUGAAGCCCGUGUGCAGGUGUGGUUUCAGAACCGAAGGGCCAAAUGGAGGAAAAGGGAGCGUUUUGGUCAGAUGCAGCAGGUCCGAACUCAUUUCUCAACAGCUUACGAGCUUCCUCUUCUGACGCGUCCUGAGAACUACGCACAGAUUCAGAACCCCUCUUGGAUCGGUGGCAGCAGCGCAGCAUCUCCUGUGCCGGGCUGCGUUGUGCCCUGCGACACUGUGACCCCCUGCAUGACACCUCACCCCCACUCUGCCAGCGGGAUGUCUGAUUUUCUGGGCAUGUCGAGCCCCGGAGGUCACAUGGGACAGGCUCACAUGGGCAGCCUGUUUGGAGGGCCUCCUGGCAUGGUUACAGGCAUCAACACGUACGAUCUGAACAUGGACCCUGACCGCAAGUCCUCCAGUAUCGCCGCUUUGCGCAUGAAGGCCAAAGAGCACAGUGCCGCCAUAUCUUGGGCCACAUGAUGUGUUGAUGUCGGCUGGAUGGGGGACCUUGUUGACCCCUGAAAUGUCUACACGAACCCAGCAUGGUGAGAGGGGGCACUAUAAUCGAAAUCUAAAGGCAACAGUGACUACCUACAUAAAUGUUGCAAUUAAAUAAUUAUCCAAAUACACGGACGGGUGAAGAUUACUCCAAGAGAGAAAAGGAGAUUUUGCAAGAUAAGUGGCAUGGCACUGCCAUGUCUCUCAACCCCUCUGGUGGGAGAAAGCAACCAGAGUGUGUGAGUGAGCUUUGUGGAGAGCUUGGUGGGAGGUGAUGCUGUACUGUCUAACAGGAGUUGCAGUGUAGUUCAGAUGGUAGGCGAAGGAACAUGUUAGGAAAAUAAUUUCAAACAAAUCCAUGCACUUAUUUGCUAAAAUACAGGAAAUUGUGUUUGUACAGUGCUUUCAGUGUCAUUGUAGUUCUCUGUUCAGGUGCUGUUUUAUUCUUACCUUAUUAUUUAAAUUUUGAGUGUUAUUGUUUUUUUGUUUUUUUGCCUCCAGUCAUUUUGUGACUGGUUUUGUUUUGACAAAUAGUUCAGCAAGCAUCCUUAAAAAAACUGAAAUUAUAAUUUUGUUGUUAUACGAUAUGUUCAUAUUAUUCUAAAGCAAUCUUUAUCAGCAUGCAGAAGUGUGUAACUUCAGUCACACUGUUGCUAUGAUAGUGCUAAAGAAAACUCUUUAUAUCCAGCAUAUCUGUCACAUUAUUAAGCCUCUCAGAUUCAAUGCAAACAUUUAAGUUACUAAAAAAAAGUUACAAGUGGCUCCACCCUCUAACAUUUAAAAGUCAAACAGAUGAAAUGUGGUUUGUUUUAGUGUGGUCAGGGUGAGAGAUCCACCUGCCGCACUGACUCAGCCUGCUGAUGGCCAGAUAGAGGAAGGGAUGGAGGAGGAAGUGGUGUGUGGGAGUAUGAGAGGGGCACAGCAGGCCUGCUGCUCUCAGGGCUGAAGAGCCUGGGAGCAGCACAGCCUCCAAACAGAACCAGCUCUGUUUUCAGGAGGACUAGGAGCGCAAGUGAACAUGACUGUGCCCCCUUGCAUUUCCAGUCUGAGGAGUUUCAGAGAGAGAGAAGUGCCUACUAGUGAGUCAUUCUGCCAGAAAUAACCCCGCAACCAGCAGCAGCCACCUUUGAAACAGAGGAGGCUGGUGGAGAAUACACAGUGUGUGUUGACACUCAUAAACACUGAAAGGAUGUCAGUGUUCAAUAGCCUUUUUUGGACUUCAAGACGACUGUGUUUGGCUGUCAUGGCCGACCGGUAAAUGGUCAUGAAGUAGCUCUGGCAUAAUAAGCGUUAUUGUAUUUCUCUCUUUUUCUGUCAUUAUUUCUGUUGAAUCCUAACAAAGGAAGCUAUCGACCAGAUUGUUGCAGAGUAAAAUGAAUCGUCUUCAGUAAGAUUUUGACUACAUCUUAGUUGGAUGCUGCACCUUGGACGACUCAGCACAUGCUUGAGUAUUAAAUAUCAGCUUUAUCCUCCAUCUUCAGACACCCUAAACUCCUUUUAUAACACAAAAAAACAUGCUCAUGUUCAUCACAUAAUCGAACAUAACUCAAAACGAUGUUGUAUGACAUUAUUCAAUUCUAGUAAGCAGGACCACAGUAAGAGUCAAGGGGAUUUCUAUGGAAAUGAUGUUACAGCUGCCUGAGGUAGCAGAGCCUGAACAUCAACCAGGCACAGUGAGAAACUAAACCAGGGCCCCAAACUCCCAGAUUAACGCUCAUUCGUUUUAUUGGUACUUUGAUUCCUUGCAAAUUUGUGAUUUUGCACUGCUACAUGCAAUAACAAUUGGGUCCUGCAUUAUGUACUCUUUUGGCCUUAUUUUGUAAAGGAGCUGUGUGUCAACAUCCAGUUUUAAAUUCUUAAUUUAUAUUGUGCUAACAUGGUGUGUAAACCUAAAUAAAAUGGUGUUUAAUCAAAUAGAUGUACAAUAAACUAAAUGACAAAGAGAAAACAUGGGAUCAGGUGAUAGUCCAGAACAGGUGUACUGGUCGGCUGCUCUACAGUGAGCUGUGUGCACUGUCCUUUAGGGGAACUUGGAGGCAACAUGGCUAAUGUCACGCCCAAAAUUAGUUAGUUAAACAUUUGGUAGCGUAGCAGAAGACGCAAUGAUAGACAUUAUGUCAGAUAGUGUCCCAAAGUUUUAGUACAAACAGGAGGUUCUUAUGUGAAGUUUGAGCCCAACCUGAUUAGUUAUUUGGCCUGAUAUCUGAGCAGGACCUGUUAUAGUAAACCCAGUAACGUGUAAAGGAUAUAGCCCCGCCAGGAAUCGUGUUCCCUGUUUCCACUCUGGCUACAGUCUCCACUCCCUGUUUACGCCCAUCUAGGCUUGGAGCAAUACGUCUGUUUGUUUGUGUCUCUCUGUGGAAAGAGAAGAGGAGGGGGCCAGUCUGAGAUGAGACCCAUUUAUCUUAGCCCAAAUCAUAUCCAUAUCCUCAUAUUAUUCAAAAACUAAACCUGGCUUUUUCUCUUCUGUCCUCCAGUGACAAAAAAAGCAAAUGAGGUCAUGCAUGUUCUUCCUUUGUUUGCAAGGCCUGAUUUAAGCGGAACAAAGGGUUUCAAGCAAACCUCAUACGUUGUUCUGCAGUACACCUUCAGGCUGAGCAACCACUGCUAAUUCUCUAAACUGAACCACACUCGCUAUCCUACUGGGCAUGUAAGAGAAGUGGGGCUAUAAUAUCAUCAGAGCAGGUCACCCGAGAGUCCUUCAAAUUACAACCAGUUCUACUCGCCAAUCCUGACGGUAGAGUACAUAUCUCUGACUUAAACUGAGUUGUAAAUGUGGACAUGGGGCCCCCUGUGCUCUAGCUGUGGGGUUGGACGGAGGGCGAGCCGCGAGGGCGUCUGCUGUGUUCCGGUGUUCUGGGAAAAGGACAGUGCACACAGCUGCGCUCAGGGGGUAAAUGCAAAACAAACAUGCCUCACACAUGCUUCCCCCUCAGCUGUCAUGGCUCUGCUUUCAAAGAUUCUCCCCCCUCCUCAAUACACACAUACACAUUGCUCUGUGCCUCUCCCGUCCACUGGCUCAAAGCUGCAGCCCCCCCCUUAUUCGCAGGGUCCGAGGCACAGCCGCACGUUCAGCCCAGGAAGGCCUUUUAAUUAACACUGAGCCAUGUGGAGGCUGUGGACUGCAGUAUUGUGUGUCAGGACAGACGGGACCGUCUGUCUUCUAGUUUAAUGUAGACUGUUCCUCUGCACAGUGCGCACACAUACUGGCAUUAAGUAGCUCAGGUUUACACAAUACAUACUCACUAUUCUGUGUCAUUAAGCUGCAAUAUUCUUAGACUGAAUCUCCAGUGACAUCUUCCUCCAAUAGGAGCUGCAGAUGCUCUCAAUCAACUUGUCCUACAAUCACACAAGGACAGCUAAUGCAAGAUUACAUUCAAAAAAAGUAACUCCUCCUCUAAGCUGCAUAACUCCGUCCCUGAGUGAGAAAGUCAUUUCCUUUCUCAUUUUCUAAUACUACUGAAGACAGGCAAUCAGUAUAGGAGUAAACAUAUGAUAAAUAUGCGUGCUGUUGUGUGCAUGUACAUUUUCGUGCAUGCAAAAUGGAUUGACGUGUUAAAAGACUCUUGGAAACGUUACUAAUUUGAUGUUUUGUUAUAUUUUGUGGUAAAAUUGCAUUUCCAGAGAUGUGUUUGAAUUGUUUUUUCCUCUCGAUAUGUAAUUCCUCUGAAUUUCAAGUUGGGUUUUUUUUUCAAGUUUUUGUGGCUUUAAGCCGU